AUGAGGUGCUUUGCUUCUCAACUGGGGUCGAUCAGAAUCUCAUUGGAUCCUCCAAGUCCUCCACCUGAUGUUUCUGCACCGGGUGUUGCUGAAAUGUCUGUUGUGAAGGAGCUCUCAUCCGAUAUGAGCUAUCUGCAAGUCCCGCCCGAAUUUGAUCUACAACGAUCGUCGUCACCACCUCCUGAUCGACGAAGCAGCUGC